AUGUUAAGUAGCAGACUGUUUACACGUUUAGAACUUAUAGCCACUGAGUGUCGCCGUUCAAUGAACAAAAUUUCUGAACAAAAAGCUUUCGGUGGCAUCCAGUUGGUUAUCUUCGGCGACUUUUUUCAACUUCCACCUGUUGUUCAUCCAUCUGAGUCUCAUAAUAAAUUUGCAUUCCAAUCAUCUUCUUGGGCUAAAUGUCGUUUUCGAGUUAUUGAACUUACUCACUCUUGGCGACAGUCCAAUGAUCCGAAGUUGGCGCAUUUACUGUCAGUAAUUCGUGAAGGUCAGUGUCCACAAUGGGCUGUGGAAAGAUUGCGAUCUCGUUUGGUUUCUGAACUGGUUAACGAUCAAAAUAAACCCAAAAUUAUAGCAACACGUUUAUGUACUCAUCGCGCAGACGCUGAUGCCUGGAAUCAACGCAAGUUAAGUGAACUGCCAGGUUCAUUUAAAGUUUAUCGAUCUCAAGACAAGGGAGUUGGGAAAGGUAUUUCAACCACAAUAGAUUCAUCUUGCCCAGCUCCUUCUGUACUGAAUUUAAAAGUUGGUGCUCAAGUAAUGCUACUAAGAAACUUGGAUACUAGCCGUGGACUUGUCAACGGAGCACGAGGCGUAAUAGAGAAGAUAAACAACGAUAAUGGUCUUCCUGAAGUUAGAUUUUAUUCUGCAAAAGCGAGUGGAUCUACUGGCAUCUUACAUGUUGUACAAAUGGAAAAGUGGACUAUUCGUGGGGUUGAUGCAGAAGAAAUCGCGAGUCGACGUCAAUUACCACUAACUCUGGCUUGGGCAAUAUCCAUCCAUAAAAGUCAGGGGAUAACAUUGGAAUAUGCGGAAUUAGCUCUGUCAAAGGUAUUUGAAUGUGGACAAGCCUAUGUAGCUCUUAGUCGGUGUCGUAAUUUAAAUGGCCUAUACUUACUCGAUUGGCGCCCUGAAGUGAUUCGUGCAGAUCCUAAUGUGAUAAAAUUUUAUGCGAAAAUUAGAGAGACCAAUAAUGAGAUUAAAAACAAGAUUAUAUGA